AUGCCAGCUGAACCGAUUACAGCUAUACAGGGUAUUCCAGCCGUACAUGGUAUUCCAGCCGUACAGGGUAUUCCAGCCGUACAGGGUAUUCCAGCCGUACAGGGUAUUCCAGCCGUACAGGGUAUUCCAGCUAUACAGGGUAUUCUAGCUAUACAGGGUAUUCCAGCUAUACAGGGUAUUCCAGCUGGACAGGGUAUUCCAGCUGGACAGGGUAUUAAGCUAGUGCACAGCCCCAUGGCGUUCGGUUCCAGGGCUUACUAAGCC